UCACGAACUCUUCGGUGUACUACGAUACAAAUGAAACUGUCGAUCAGGUAGAUCAACGGUUAUUAAGAGAGUUUAUCAUGAGCCCUACGCAGUGGAUAAUAUAUUUUCAUGGCCUUUAUCUUGAAACUGCAAUUAACGGCUAGGCCUAGGGAUAACUCGGCCCAUAAUGUUAAUAUGGGCCUAACUUAGGCCCGUUAAUUGAAUUUAAUAAAAUCGUUUUGGAUUUUUUUUUGAGUCUCGUCGGAGAUGAAGAUAGGGGCGGUUCGGGAAAGUUGGCUAGUGCGAACCCCGGUAACUCCUCCGGCGGUUCACGGCUUCGUCCGCCGGAACGAAAAGCCGCAGCAGCUCGGGUUUCCUCUCUCGAACAGGAUGUCUCGUGGUGUGGUUAUGGCGGUUCAAGGAGGGAGAGGAUAUGAGUCUCCCUGCGAUGAGAAACCUUAUGAAACUCUUCCCACUGGGAAAAAGGUUUACGUUGAUGAAUCUGAUGUUGUAACGUUUCUUGAUCCUCCCAAGGAGUUGAUUCCAUUGGACCCUACUUCAUAUAACCCAGCUGCUUAUCUCUGGAAAAAGAUUGAAGAUAUCCCUGAAGAGAGGCGCCACCGCUUGCUGCAAUUUUUAGAGCCAAGGUUUAUUAUAGCUUUUGAGUCAUGUCCACUAAUCAUAUCCUGGAUAAGAUCCUUCAAGAUGGCUGUGUAUGCCUCCAACAACGGCCAAAUCUAUGGGCGUGUUUGUGGUGGACCGAUAGUCUCAACCCUUGCCAAUGCUUUGAGUCCACUAUACUUUGAGGUCACAGAAGCUAUGGAAGUGAUGGCCACAGAAGAACCCUGCGACAUAGCAUGCAGAUUUGGUGAUGGGCUUCUUGCUAUUGGAGAUUACCCACAAGGGUUCCCUAGACCAGCCAAGCAUCCGUAUCCGUUCAACGACAGUGUUAUCAUAUACAUACGACAUAUAGGUCCUGGUGUGUGCGUAGGACAGGCAUGGCAAGAAGGUAAAGAACUGCAACAAGUUCCUCAAAGAUUGUGCUCAGACAUUCUUAUGGUCAAACAAUACAAUUUAAAUUAACAAGUCUUUUGUUAGUUUAGAUUGCAGACUGUUUCAUGUUGGCUUGAAGAGCUUUUUUUUUUUUUAACUUGUAUAAGAGCAUCUCAAAAAAAGUUUUUCUAUCUACAUAUUCGAAGUUUAAAAAACU